AUGGGAGUUCUGUGCUUGGUGGUGGAUCUUCCGACGCUGCCGCCUCCGCUUCUCGACCCCUUAAAGCAGUGCUUGCUGCACCUAGCGAAUUACUACGCCAUUUCCUCCUCCUCAUCAUCGACAUCUCUCGGAGAUUGCAUUGCUCUGUUCUACAUCCUCUCUUCUCCUUCCCCUGAGCUGAAGGUCGCGUACAGACCGAGCAACAGCGGAGGUUUCAGCUUACACGACUUCCAUCACGCCGUUAAAGGCCUUCCCGUGGACGCCUUCUUCCCUGAUCCUACCUAUACCUGCGGUUUCGGCUCUUCUCUCCUCCCGCUUUCACUCAUUGGACUUCUAAUACUGCUUGCGACAGAUCAGCUCCUCUCCUGGUGGAGCGAUGACAGUGACGCCAUCGCUACGAAAGUAGUAGUUCUGACUUCUUCAUUGCCUCCAGCUGUAGACGCUGACCUUCAUAAGUCUCUCCUGGAUGCAGCAGAUAAGUGCAUUUCAAUUGAGUUCGUGUUUUUCGAGACAAGAUCAAACCAUCUCUACGACAUGCUUGAAAUUAACAAUGCCUUCAGUGAAUCUAUAUCUCAUCUGGAUAAUUGCUCCUUGAGAACUUGUCUCCCAGGUUUAAGCAUCCAUAUUCCCUUCCUCACUUAUCCAAAAAGAUUCUCUCGCGAUUUCGUCAUGACUAUUGAAAAGCUGCCUCUUCAUCAGUUUCUCUGUUGGGAAGCUGCAGAUAAUUGGUACAUGAGCUUUAUAAAGUUCUCAUCAGCUUUAUUAUUAUUUGCAGAAGCCAGAAUAUUGGAUGGUAUGGUGAAGAUAUGGCUACGGGAUUUGAAAGAUGAAACAGAAGAACAAAUUCCAGUAUGUUUUAUCUUCAAGAACAAUCUGCUCGGAUCUGUCAAUCAGAUAUUAUGCAAUUUGUCUAUCCAUGUAGCUCCAAUACUUGACGGUUUCAGUCCUUGUCAGACGUGCAGGUGUCAUGGAAUCAUCUUAAAUGAAGCAGCAGCAUCUAAAACGGCAAGAAUGUGUUGUCCCAUCACAGGGCAUGAUCUUGGAUGUAUUGACGUGGUCGAAAGUUCAGUGAAGAUUGGGGAGAAAAUGUCCCUGUUUUUGCCGGAUUCAUCGAAAUUGAUAAACUGUCAGAAAGUUUCUACUCCUAUAGACUUCAAUGUCACUGAAAGGACCAAUUUGGGAUCUCUGAGUGAAGGAGUAAUGGUUGGAGCUCCUCAUGUGGUGACUCCAGCAGCUGGCCACGAGAUUGGAGAAACUUCAGAUGAAAUGAAUGAGUUAAAUGCUCAACUAUUUCAGGGGGUAUGCAGAGUUCUGCAUUCACUGGAUCAAGGUCUUGUUUGCUACUCAAAAUACAAUGUGGAAGCCAAGAGAAGUGCUCUGUUUCCCUGCUACUAUAUUCUUCAGCCUUCGGAGAAUGGACCAAUGCUUCUUAGGAGGGUAGCUGGGCUAGAGGAAACUUUGCCUGUUCUCAACAUGGAAAAAUAUUUCGGCAGUACAGUGACGAAGGAAAUUGAGAGCUCGGUUCAAGCCUCAAUUCUGAUGGUGGAGUCAAUAGACUAUGAUCCAUUCCUGCAUCCCCGAGGGUUCCAUAAAAAUCUGAACUUGCUUGUGGAGGAAAGCAUACAAUUCAGACCUGCACCCCCUCCAGAGGAGAAGGUGCUUACUUCUGAUCUGAACACAUCCAAUGCAAAUACCAUUCGAUCGAUGGAUUUUGUUGUGGACUUGACCAGAGGAGGAGAAGAAUUAGAAGAAGAAUGGGAACAGUUAGUCGUGAAUGAAGUCCCGUCUGUCGCAGCACAAGCUCAUGCUCCCACCCCUGCUACUGCAAACCAAAGAGGCAGCAAAGAAGCAGCAGCAUCAGCAGCAGAUGAUAAGACAUGGAGGAUACUUGAAAGGCUGGAGGCGCCGGGCUCUAACCGCUUUAUCCAUAAAAAUAUCGACGCAACUGCUACCUCUAACAAGCUCAUAAGACCCAAUUUCCAGAGGCUGAAAAGGAAGCUGAGAUAAGCACUAGAAGAAGUCCUAUUCUUAGCUUUACGUAGGGUCUCCCGGGUCCAUGAUUUAGUUGUCUUGCCAUAGAAGUGCAUCCCCUGCAUGCUCCGCUCCCAUAUACUCAAUAUGUCCAUGAAAAAUGAUUUUUAUUCAAUAAGACUUGGCAAUUUUGAC